UCCUAGGAGUCGCUUUUUUUGUCAUACUUCUUCGCCUUGUCUUCCUCUGCUGGUUUCUUCACUAAGAGACUCAUUUUUCCCUUUUACAAUAGCAAAAAUCAUCGCUAUUUGAAACUAGGGUUUAGCUCAAUUGGUUUGAAACUAGGGUUUUAACAUUUUGAGUUACAAAAUGGUUGGAACAUCAAUAGGAAUAGAUUUGGGUACAACAUAUUCAUGUGUAGCGAUGUGGCAACAUAAUCAUAUUGAGAUUAUUGCUAAUGAUCAAGGAAAUCGUACCACUCCUUCAUAUGUUGCUUUCAAGGCUGAGGAACGGCUGAUUGGUGAAGCUGCUAAGAAUCAAGUUGCUGCUAAUCCAUCCAACACAGUCUUCGGCCCUUUUCAACAUUUUUAAUUUUGAAGCCUUGUUGUUGGACAGCUUUUUGAUGUGAAAUGUUUGAUUGGUAGGAAAAUGAGUGAUCGCUUCGUUCAGAGUGAUAUCAAGCUAUGGCCGUUCAAAGUUGUUGCUGGCGUAGACGAGAAACCUAUGGUUGAAGUCACUUACAAGGGCAAAGAUAUACAGCUCUCAGCUGAGGAAAUUUCAGCCAUGGUUCUUCUUAAAAUGAGAGAAACUGCAGAAGCUUAUAUCAGUUCAAGUGUUAAGGAUGCUGUUAUUACAGUCCCUGCUUACUUUAACGAUUCACAGCGUCAUGCUACCAGGGAUGCUGGUACCAUUGCUGGCCUUAAUGUACUGCGAAUUAUCAGUGAACCAACAGCAGCUGCUAUUGCUUAUGGUCUUGAUAAGAAGGCGACUAGUAUGGACUUGAAGAAUGUUCUCAUCUUUGAUCUUGGUGGUGGUACUUUUGAUGUCUCUCUACUCACCAUUAACAAGGGUAACUUUGAAGUGAAGGCUACAUCUGGAGAUACCCAUCUUGGAGGAGAGGAUUUUGAUAACAGGAUGUUGAAUCACUUUGUUCAAGCAUUCCAGAAGAAGCACAAGGAAGACAUUAGUGGAAACCCAAGAGCUCUUAGGAGGCUGAGAACAGCGUGUGAGAGGGCAAAGAGGAACCUCUCAUUUACAACCGACACAGCCGUUGAGAUUGAUGCUUUGUAUAAAGGAGUUGAUUUUCAUGCAUCCAUCACUCGUGCUAAAUUUGAAGAGUUGAACAUGGACUUGUUCACAAACUGUAUGGAACCUGUUGAGAAAUGUUCGACGGAUGCUAAGAUGGAUAAGAGCACCAUUCACGAAGUUGUCCUGGUUGGUGGGUCCACUAGAAUUCCAAUGAUUCAGUCUUUACUGCAGGAUUUCUUCAACGGGAAGGAGCUCUGCAAGAGCAUUAACCCUGAUGAGGCUGUGGCUUAUGGUGCUGCAGUGCAAGCUGCUAUUUUGAGUGGUGAGGGUGAUGAGAAGGUGAAGGACCUGGUGCUUUUAGAUGUAACCCCUCUUUCUCUUGGUGUUGAUGAAGAUUCAGGUAUUAUGAAUAUAUUCAUCCCAAGGAACACAACCAUUCCCACCAAGAUGGAAAAGGGCUUUACUACUGUCUUCGACGAACAAACUAGUGUAUCGUUUCCGGUGUAUGAGGGUGAGAGAACUCGAAGCAGUGACAAUAACUUGCUGGGUGAGUUCGUGUUAGAAGGUAUUCCUCCAGCACCUCGUGGCGUUGCUAACUUGAGUGUAUGUUUUGAUUUGGAUGCAAAUGGUAUUUUAAAUGUGUCUGCCGUGGACAAGUCAACAGGGAAUAAAAAUAUGAUCACCAUCACAAAUGAAAAGGGGAGGUUAUCCAAGGCUGAGAUUGACAGGUUGGUCCGAGAGGCUCUCAAAUACAAGUCAGAAGAUGACGAACACAGAAACAAGGUGGAGUCAAGGAACGCCUUUGAGAAAUAUGCGUACAGCAUGAGGAACACAAUUUAUAAUGCCAGUGGGAAGCUAGAGGAAUACCAUGAUAAGAAGAAGAUUUCAGAUGCAGUCAGCAAUGCCAUUCAGUGGUUAGAUAGCCAUGAACUAGCUGACAUUGACGAUACCACAAACAAGAUGGAGGAGUUAAAGUGUGUAUGCAAUCCAAUCAUUGCUAAGAUGUACAAGCAAAGUGGUAUUGGUUCUGAACCAAAAAUUGAAGAAAUUCUCUGAAGUGGGAUUGUAGCGGUACUUUUAGUUCAACCAAGUUCCCGCCUUGGUUGCCUUGGCAAUCUCAAAGUCUUUUCCUUUUGUGUGAUCAGGUUGUUAGCUUUAUAUUUCAAUUUCAACUAGGUUAUAAGUUUUUCUAUUUUAUGUGUACUUUUUGAGUAUAAUCAAACCUUUUGUCUGUCACCAGGUGGUGCUAAGUCUAGCGCAUAUGAUAUGCACAUGUUAGGUGCACUUUUGUCGAUCUUAAUGUAAUUUGAAGUCUCUCAGCUUCCAUUCG